CAGGUAAGGAAAGGUGGAAAAGUUAGUUUUUAAUUUUGACCCUGAAAACGCGCCAUACAACGCUACAUACAUAUGCCGUAACGGUGUCCCAGGCCGUCACAGGUAUGUCGCAGACUUUACAAGGGCAAAUCUUCCUGCAUGUUUCAAUGACAUGCAUUUUUGUGUCAAUUGAACUUCCGGCUUUGGGCUUUCUUAGUACUUCCGUUCAUACGGGAACCGUUCGCCUCCCUCACGCAAGUCCGUGUUUAUCUUACGGAGGUUUUGGAGCCAGUUUUAUCCGAUCCACCAGUCGUCAUCUCCUUACACAGUCCUUACCACGUGAAGUACACCACACAGAAAAGUGCGAAAAUAGGACCAAUUUGAAGCUGCAUUACAAGGCCAAGGCCAUUUGAAAGUGAUCAUGUACAACAUCUACAUAAAUAACCACUCUGGAGCUGCGGCGUACGUGCGACUCUCAAGUGAGAAGAUGCAGAAUUCUGAUAGCUACGUACAAAAACUAAAGGAAGCGAUUGUUGAUACGACCGAGGUAAAAGAAUUGGCGGAAGAAUAUGCUACCUUCCUGGCUAUUGGUGGCUUCUGCUUCAUAUUGCCCGAAGGCACACUCCCCUUUCCUGUGGAGAAUGCGGCCACGCCCUUGUAUAUUUACGUUGUGUGCAAAGAGGGGUUGAUUAGUUUUCUGUUUGAUCCCAAAAUGUAUGGAUGCAUUUCGAUCAAAUUGUCUGUAUGUAGAAUUAUGGGCUUAAAGAUUGUCCUGUUGCCCUAUAACCCAAAAGCGGUUUGGUUUCCAGCCAAGAGUGGUGAUGAGCUUCCAACAGAUUUAGCUGUUGAAGCUGGUGUCGGACGAAAUGAUGAGGAGCGUCUAUACUUUGGUCGUUCAAAUAUGACUUCCUGGACCUUGGGUGAGCUCGGAGGUAUACCAUGCGCCGUUACUACUAGUUCUGGUAAGUGCAGAACAUGGAUGGUGGGUGAAGAUUCAGGAUACAAAAACGGAGAUCUUCUGAAGAACACUGGCUUUGAACUGAUUCGAGCCACGCAUGGUGAUCCCGUUCCACCAAAUGCAGUCAUGACUGGCGUGACACAGGCUAACGGAUCACUGUUUGUGGGAAGAGUCGGUGGCAGUAUUCCCUGUUACAUCACCACUGAAAAUGGUAAAAUUCUGUAUUUUGUUUACGGCCUGGAAGAGAAAAAAUUCUAUGUCAACAACGGAGAAGUUAUGGUGCUGACGCGUUAAAUAGUUUAGUACAACAAACCCACUUCAUGUAAUUUGUUUGUUCAGAGUGUUUUUGUAUAUGUUCGAACAUGGGAGGAGACUGAUGCCUUUCGAAGUACAACUUCGCCAGGCGGCUCUUUAAUUGUUCAAGGUUAGCUGUCUCAGCAUAAGGGUUUCCAAUCAGUUAAAAGCUGAUUGGUAAAUUUUCAUUUCAUUUUUUCCAUGACUGAUCGAUUGUAACUUCCAGUUAGCAUUAACAAUAGAGUUAAUAUGGAAAGUGUUUGCAAGGUUUCCGCUAAAUUCAAAUCGUGAAUCAGCAACAGGAUACUCGAUGGAAAUCUGUGAAAAUAAUAUAUAGAUUUAGGCCAGCCUAAAAGCUGAGCUCCUCAGUUAUUUUUCGGAAUGUUGUUACUAAUGAAAGUAAUCCAACAUGUAUGAGGUAAAUUGUGAAUGAUUUAAUAGUUUCAGCCGGAACUAGUAUUACAUCAGCAGAUCGAGGUGUAAGAUGGUGU